UCUGCCAGACUUCAGCCUCGCACGCUACUUCCUGGAUGGAAGAAUGGAAAGCUUCCAGUGCUGCUCCAACAAUUCCUUCAAUUUCGCGAAAAUCGCUGCCGCUGCAGCUCUGCGCUGCAUGGACUAGUGCUACUAGAGACCUCUGCUAAUGUCCCUAUUCUAAUUACAAAUGAAAUCAAACAAGUUUGAACGUUAUUUCUCCUAAAUGUCAUGUUUUUCUUUGGGAGUAUUAAGAAGCUGUUUGGAAGAAGGUUUUAAGAAGUAGCCUAAAGACUGUUUCCUGGACGUUCUAUCUCAGAAAAUUCCAUUGAACAGGCGCAGCCGAUUUUAGCAGCAUCUCGCGCUGCUUUUACGCAGCAGGCGUUGGUAUUUGAACAGAAGGAUAACUCAACAGUUGCCCUUUUUACUCUCGAUGUUCAUAUUGUCAUGCGGAGGCUACUGCAAUCGUGUUGGUGGAUCUUGUCUUUAAUUUUGCCUGCAAUCGUGCUCCUAUGGGCAGACUGCCACCCCGCAGUGCCAGGCGGCCAGAGCGGGUCCUCGACACCGAGCCAGCAUGGCCCUGCGCCCGGCACCAGACUCAGGAGAGCACCCGAGGAGUCCUACUGGGCCUACUCAGGUACUUAUGGGCCCGAGGAGGGCUGGGCAUCCGCCUACCCAGAAUGCCGAGAGAGAAACCAGUCACCCAUUAACAUAGCUGACCAGGACACCAAGGUGUCUACAGAGUACCAGGAAUUGACUCUGGAUGGCUUUGAAAAUGAGUCCUCCAACAAGACCUCUAUGAAGAACACUGGCAAGACAGUGGCCAUCAUGCUGAAGGAUGACUACUUUGUGAGGGGAGCAGGCCUGCCUGGGAGGUUUAAGGCAGAGAAGGUGGAGUUCCACUGGGGCCAGAACAACGGCUCCGAGGGCUCUGAACACAGCAUCAGCGGCAGGAGGUUCCCAGUGGAGAUGCAGAUAUACAUGUACAACUCGGAUGACUUUGACAGCCUGAGCGCAGCCAUCAGGGAGAAAAGGAUCGUCGCCGCGAUGGCCGUCUUCUUUCAGGUGGGCCUGAAGGACAACCCGGCGGUGGACCCGAUCAUUCACGGACUGAGGGGAGUGGUGCAUCAUGAGAAAGAAACCUUCCUGGAGCCGUUCAUCCUGAGGGACCUGCUGCCUUCCUCCCUGACCAGCUACUACCGCUACACAGGCUCUCUCACCACCCCGCCCUGCAGCAGGGUGGUGGAGUGGAUCAUCUUCUCCAGGCCUGUCUUUGUGUCUUACAAACAGCUGGAGGCUUUCUAUUCCAUCUUCACCACGGAGCAGCAGGAUCAUGUCAAGUCAGUGGAGUACCUGCGGAGCAACUUCCGCCCCCUCCAGAGUCUGGACAGCAGACACGUGUACAAGUCCGCUGUGAAGGACGCCUGGCAGCCCGACCUGACUGACAGCCUGGGCAACCCGUACGGAACAGAGGCCUCCAAAGUGUGCAGCAGUGCUCCCAUCAACAUGAAGGUUCAGCAUCUCAACAGGACCGCCCUCGUGGUCCGCUGGACCCGCCCAGAGGUCACCUACCACCCGCCAAUCAUCUCCUUCGUCAUUUCCUACAGCUGGACCAAGCACGACGAGUCCUUCGAGGAGACUCACGUCACCGACAGCCAGCACAAACUAGAGGCUGUCAUCACCCCUGUGUCUACCGACACUCUCUACCUGUUCCGUGUCCAGGCUGUCUGUAUGAACGACAUGCGCAGUGACUUCAGCCAGAGCAUGCUCUUCAGAGCAAACACCACAAGGAUAUUUGAAGGAACAAGGAUAGUUAAACCAAGAAUUCCCACCGUGUCUCCUGCCUCGUCUGCAGACAUGGCUCCCAUCAGCUCCGGCUCUUCCACCUGGACCUCCUCCGGCCUCCCCUUCUCCUUUGUCUCCAUGGCGACCGGCAUCGGCCCCUCUUCCAGUGGUAGCCAGGCGACCGUGGCGUCCGUGGUGACCAGUACCCUCCUGGCCGGGCUGGGCUUCAGCGGAGGGGUCAUCUCCUCCUUCCCCAGCUCUGUGUGGCCCACGCGGGCUCCUGCCUCCUCUCCCGGUCCCUCUGCGGGCCCCGCGCGCCAGGCACCCGUCAGCGAGCCCCCGGCCUCCCAGAACACCGAGGCAGCCAAGGACGCCAGCCCCGCCAGAGACGGCGCGGAGGGGGCGGAGGAUGCGGAGAAGGGCGGGAAGGGCGAGGAGGAGGAGGGCGAGAAGGAAGCGGAGGAGGAGAAAGAGGAGGAGGAGGAGGAAAGAGAAGCCAAAGAGAAGAAAGCGGCGGCGGACCAAGUGGAACAGCAGCCGGACGGCCCGGCGGUGAAGCAGCCGCCCACGUCCGCCCCGGCCUCCACGGCCAAGGUGAAAGAACGGACUGAGACCCCCGGCACCUCCACCACGCCCUCUAGCGUUGUGGAGGACCAGCUCGUCACCCACAACCAGGGAAGCGUGGAAACAGUCACUGUGGCCCCCCCUACCCAAGAGCCAGGGAACGACACAGCAGAGAUCCCAGUCCCAGACAGCCCUUCCCCGACCCUCCGACCUGGAACUAGUGGAGACAAGAGUCAGUGGCCAUUCACUAUACUCACAGAGAGGACCAUCGUGUACAACAUGACCCGGCAGGGUGCCGCUGGGAUGGGCCGUGUGGAGUGGCUCGUGCCCCUAGUGGUGGUGUCUGCCCUCACCCUGCUCUGCCUCGUCCUGCUGCUGGCUGUGCUGGUCUACUGGAGGAUGACCAGCAUCUGCUCUCUGCUCUGCAUCAAAUACAGGAGGUGUUUCCAGACAGCUCAUUUCUACGUGGAGGACAGUAAUUCGCCCAGAGUGGUGCCGAAUGAGAGCAUUCCAGUCAUCCCUAUUCCAGAUGACAUGGACGCCAUCCCAGUCAAACAGUUCAUCAAGCACAUCUCAGAACUGUAUUCUAACAACCAACACGGCUUCUCUGAGGACUUUGAGGAAGUGCAGCGAUGCACGGCGGACAUGAAGAUCACGUCGGAGCAUUCCAAUCACCCCGACAACAAGCACAAGAACAGAUACAUCAACAUCAUGGCCUAUGACCACAGUCGUGUUAAGCUGCGGCCUCUCGCUGGGAAGGACUCCAAGCACAGUGACUACAUCAACGCCAAUUACGUGGAUGGCUACAACAAGCCCAAGGCCUACAUCGCGGCCCAGGGACCACUCAAGUCCACGUUUGAGGACUUCUGGAGGAUGGUGUGGGAGCAGAACUCUGGCGUCAUCGUCAUGAUCACCAACCUGGUGGAGAAAGGCAGGAGGAAAUGUGACCAGUACUGGCCCACAGAAAACAGCGAGGAGUAUGGAAACAUUGUGGUGACGCUCAAGACCACCAAAGUGCAUGCCUGCUACACGCAACGACGAUUCACCGUGCGCAACACAAAAGUAAAAAAGGGGCAGAAGGGGCACCCUAAGGGCCGUCAGAGUGAGCGCACCGUGGUCCAGUACCACUACACCCAGUGGCCUGACAUGGGGGUCCCAGAGUACACCCUGCCCGUCCUCACCUUCGUGCGCAGGUCGUCCGCCGCCCAGACCCCCGACAUGGGGCCCAUGCUGGUCCACUGCAGUGCUGGCGUUGGUCGUACAGGGACGUACAUCGUCAUAGACAGCAUGCUGCAGCAGAUACAGGACAAGAGCACAGUUAACGUCUUGGGGUUCCUCAAACACAUCCGGACGCAGCGGAACUACCUGGUCCAGACUGAGGAGCAGUACAUCUUCAUCCACGAUGCGUUGAUGGAGGCCACCAUGGGCAGGGAGACGGAGGUGGUGUGCGGCCAGCUCCACAGCUACGUCAACAGCAUCCUCACGCCAGGCCUCGGAGGCCGGACACGUCUAGAGAAGCAGUUCAAGUUGGUGACCCAGUGCAACGCCAGGUUUGUGGAGUGCUUCAGCGCCCAGAAGGACUGCAACAAGGAGAAGAACCGCAACUCAUCAGUGGUGCCCUCGGAGAGAGCGAGGGUUGGGCUGACACCUUUGCCUGGCAUGAAAGGCACCGAUUACAUCAAUGCUUCUUACAUAAUGGGCUACUACAGGAGCAACGAGUUCAUCAUUACCCAGCAUCCUUUGCCUCACACGACCAAGGACUUCUGGAGGAUGAUCUGGGACCACAACGCCCAGAUCAUUAUCAUGCUGCCUGACAACCAGGGACUGGCGGAGGAUGAGUUUGUGUACUGGCCUAGUCGAGAGGAGGCCAUGAACUGUGAGGCCUUCACCGUAACCCUCAUCAGUAAAGACAGACUGUGUCUCUCCAACGAGGAGCAGAUCAUCAUCCACGACUUCAUCCUGGAGGCCACACAGGAUGACUACGUGUUGGAGGUUCGUCAUUUCCAGUGUCCCAAGUGGCCCAACCCUGAUGCUCCCAUGAGCAGCACCUUUGAGCUCAUCAACGUCAUCAAAGAGGAAGCCCUCACCAGAGAUGGACCUACCAUAGUGCACGACGAGUACGGGGCCGUGUCGGCGGGGACUCUGUGCGCCCUCACCACCCUGUCUCAGCAGCUGGAGAGCGAGGGGGCGGUGGACGUCUAUCAGGUGGCCAAGAUGAUCAACCUCAUGAGGCCUGGUGUCUUCACUGACCUGGAUCAGUACCAGUACCUUUAUAAAGCUAUGCUCAGUCUCGUCAGCUCCAAGGAGAAUGGUGCUUGCCUCAUGUCCAUGGACAGAAACGGCACCAUGGCCGCCAUGUCAGAUGAGUCAGACCCAGGCGAGAGCAUGGAGUCUCUGGUGUGAAGGAGCUUCCUGGCGGGCCUGAAGAGCCCAGGAAGGCAAGCUGAGAGUGAGGCACUUACCUUUGUAAAACGUCAAGGACUAUAUAAAACAAGACUUUUUGAGGCCUUUUUUGCCAGACUCUUGGUUAAAUGAAUAACCUGAUUACUUUUUUACACUGAUAAAAAGUUUUUGAUAUUUAUUUUUUCGCCAUUUUAUGUCUUAAUGUUAUCCUACUGAACGUUUGCACCUGGAUUUUUGAUUUGAGUUCACAACAAUGAAAAACACUUCUGUCUUUCCUUGUUUGCACUAUAUACUGUCAGUGUUACUGCCUAUACUAAGCUGAUCAACAUCCUUCUCCUACACUCAAACUCUGAUUUGAACAUUCCAUAACAUAGCGAAGUCCUCGUAUCCAACUGCUUUUCUGAAAACAAACAUGGUUCUGUUUGCCCCCUACAGGCCACCUUUACUGCAUAAACAUUACUACCACUAAUUUGCUGAAAACUCAUUCGUAGGGGGAUUUAAUUUCUUCCUUCUCUUUCUUUAAUAUCACACCAUUUAUCAUUACAAGUCUUAUUAGUAAUUUCAACUCAUAUAUGAAUAUUGAAGGUGGUAUCAUUACUGCUACUGUGAACUUUUCAUUUCUUUGUAUGAUUUAUAUUAUGCUUUUUAAUAUAUGAAAAUAUAUGUAUACAUAUAUGAAUAUAUCCUUAUCAUUAUAACUUUGUGAUUUUGUAGAUGUCCUUUGUCAUGACCUGCCUGAGGCCAGUUGAUUUCCACACAAAACUUUAUUCAACAGGUGACCCUGUCAGGUGACCCUGUCAGGUGACCCACAGACUGUCAUGCCCGUAUCUGUUGUUGCUUUGUACCUCUCUUUUGUUCUCUGCUGCUAAUCAUUGAAAACCACACAAAGACAUGAAUACACAACUAAGAAGGGGGUGCCCAUCUGUUGACAUCUGACACAGUCUUUAAGUUCACUUGGACAUUCUAGAAUCGGUGUGCUCACGUGUCACAAGGCCUUGUGUAUAUAUUUUAUAUUCCUCACUGUUGCUGAAAUGUGUGUGCGUGCGUGUGUGGCUGUGUGUACUGUAUGUGAUAUGAUUGUAUGACUUUUGUAAGGUUUUGCUCUAAAGGAAGUUAGAUUGGAAUGUUGUGGCCUAAGCAAGGACAGACUUACUGUGGUUUUGGGGUCCUAGAGCGCUGUACAUUUACUGUCAUUUGCCAGACUUUAGUUGUUCCUUCUCCACACUAUUACAAUUUCAGGACAUUAUCAUUAAAAAAAAAAAAUUAAGUACCGAUACAUCCUGAAUCAAACCGAAUGAAAGGGAGACCACCUGGGAUUUGCAUUUGAAAGAAAAUGUGAAUUCUUUAUACAGCACAAUGCCAUGGCUAUUAGAACAUAUUAUUAAAGUUCAGUUAUGACAACUAAGCAGUGGGGAUAUGAUUUGUAAUGUUUACCAAAGACUUGAACUAACUUCUGUAAAGAUAAAUAGGAGAGAGUUGGUGCCAGAUGUUUUUUUUUUCUUUCUUUCUGGGGGCAACUUUUACUAACUUUGCAUCACCACUGCUCUUGUCAGCUGGCAUGUCAAUUUGGAAGUGUUUCUGCGAUUGUAUGGUAUCCAGUUUUCUGUUGAUGUGAAAGACACAAAGAAGCAUUUUAAAUGUCAAGGUUUCCGGAUGUAGGGAGAUUGCGCCAACAUCAUACAAAUUUAUUCCAGCCAUGUCCUUUCGAGGGGCACAUACUAUGUUAAAACUCUCCAACAUUUGGGGUAAAAAAAAUUGUUUUCUUCAGCUGCUUCGUAUUGAUGUAUUGAACUCAGCCUUCGUAUUCCUGAGCGAUCCCAUUUACUAACCUCACUCAACAUUUUGAUUUAUAUACACACAAAUACAGUUGUACAUAUGAUUUGCUCCCUUGAUCAGCCAUUACCUGGAAACUUUGUAUCUAUGGUAUAUAAUCAUAGAAUUUUAUAUUUUCAUAUGAAGCAACUUUUUUUCCUCUUAAUUUCAUUUACGUAAUUGCAUUGCUUUAGUGGUGAAACCAAGUCUGUGUGCAUUGAGAUUGUGGCUCUCAUCACAUUUCCAUACAAAUCCACCCCUUCAAUUAUCUUUCAGGCAGUGAUUGUGAUAUUAUUGUUAUUUUCUUACUUUCCUUUUUUUUCCUUUUUGAGAUAUGAUUCUGUUGUCAAGUGUGCAAUAGAAUAGCUCUCAGUAAGUCACUGAAUAAUUUCAUCCAUUUACCCAUUUUGGACAGGUGGCUGUUGCUUCCUUUUUGUAACCUGAAAUAAGAAAAAGGAAAACGUUUUGUUUUGUCAAAAGCUAUAUCAAAGCAUUCUAUAGUGUUAUUUAAUAUGUACAUUGUAUUGCUAUACAUAAAUAAAAUAUGAGUUUUGAUGUA